CCCAAUAAGGGCAAGACGGGGAAAGAAAGAAAGGAAAAAGGAGACUUUGCUUGGUUUUUUGCUACUGUCUAGUUAGCUUAGGUCGCUCAGCUUUUCAACCACAAUUUGACCCCUUGACUCUCUCAGAGUCUCAGAGCUGCUCUUCUCUCUCUCUCUCUCUCUCUACCAGUUAGGGCUUCUCUCUGCAAUCAGGGUUUCUCACCAAGUAGAAACACUAAGCAGGAAGAGAAGAACCAUUUGAGCUGGGUUAAGAUCUGCUGCUGCUACUUCUUUGCUGUGAAAGAAAAUGAGCGCCUCCAGGUUCAUAAAGUGCGUGACGGUCGGCGACGGCGCCGUCGGGAAAACCUGUAUGCUGAUUUCCUACACCAGCAACACCUUCCCUACCGACUAUGUGCCGACUGUGUUCGACAAUUUCAGCGCUAAUGUUGUGGUGGAUGGAAGCACAGUCAACCUUGCCCUGUGGGACACCGCAGGGCAGGAGGAUUACAAUAGAUUACGACCCUUGAGCUAUCGAGGUGCAGAUGUUUUCAUACUUGCUUUCUCUCUGAUUAGCAAAGCCAGCUAUGAAAAUGUCGCCAAAAAGUGGAUUCCUGAGCUGCGGCAUUAUGCACCUGGUGUUCCAAUUAUUCUUGUUGGAACCAAGCUUGGUAAGUUCUUUUAUUAUCUUGUCAUGAUUAGUUGUAAUGGUGUAUGCUCUGGUGCCUUAGGGAGUCAGGGUCUCAGGUCGAGGACAAAGUAUUGCUGAUAUUAUUGUAUGUCACCGAACUAGUAGCU